AUGACCGCCGGGCCUAUCAUAUCCUGCUCAAAGGUCACUGUUAACGGCAUCUUUGCUGGCAAGCCAGGCCUCUUAACCAUGCUGCGAGACGCACUGCGUGUCGAGCUCACGACCAUCCCCUUAUAUCUUUUCUCCAUGUAUAGCAUUGAUCUCACGAAGGAUGACGGCUCCGGUGUGCGAGCGAAAAGCCAGAUCGCAGUCGUUGUGAAGCAAGAGAUGCUACACAUGGCGCUGGCUGGGAAUCUUAUCACGGCCAUCGACACGAGGGGACCCACGCUCUAUGCCAAGGACUAUAUUCCGACGUAUGGAGGUGAUACCGACACCGUUCUCCGGACAAAGAUACCUCUGAAGCUCGAACGCUGCAAAAAGAACGCAUUGCAGCGGUUUUUGCAGAUCGAAGCUCCGUAUGAGCCAUUUCCAGAGCUCAGCCCUGAAGAGGAAUCAGCUGAUCUCAAGCUGAUGGUCAAGCCUGGGACGGUGCACGCAGAAUUGGAAGAAUACAACAGCAUCGGGGAGUUCUACCGUGACCUCGAAGAGCAAAUCAAGCUCAGCAAAGACAAGAUUAAAUUCAGCAAUAAGGAAAGACAGUUUAGCGGUGCAGAAUUCUUUGACGGCAUGAUGGUUCAGAUUACGGAUCACGCGGCCGCUCACCAGGCCAUCGACACAAUCAUCAAUCAGGGUGAGGGCACCGUUGGGUACCCCGAAGCGCACUACCAGCUCUUCCUCGAGCUAUAUCAGAAACGGAAGACUUGGACCUGCUGGCCCGUCACUGCCUCGCCUUCGACGGAGAAGUAUAAGGGCAAUGAGUACAUCUACCAGCUCUCGCGCGCUUUCGACGCUGCAUACUGUUACUUGCUCGUCAUAAUUGAGGCAGCUUGGCAGACUGCGGAUUCACUUCGCCGAAGGAAGCUGAUCCGGAACAUUCACCCCAUUAUGCUCGACAUCCUAAACCCCUUGGCGGGCGAGCUCGUCCAGCAAAAGCUCACGGACGAGGAGAAUGCUGCGCCCACAUUCAACUUCUACGAGACAUCGGCCGGGGAAAACAAUACGGACAAGGCGGGCGUCGAGCUGUGGGGCGCAAUCAGGACGCACUUGGAUGCGGCGAUAGCAGCUGCGAGCGUAGUACAGAAACGCGGGUUAGAGUUGGUGAGGUUCAGCAUCGAGCGCGCAUCUUAUCCGACUGAGACUUGA